CGUGCCAAAAGAUCAACCAGCACCACCUGCUCAGCGUCAAGCGAGCGAGGAGGUUACCGAGUUACGCGGCACCGGGACGGAAAAAGGGGGUGGGCUUAAGUAGCAAAGAAAAUUCAGGAUCCGUGCAUGAAAACCGCAGUCCUAAACUAAGGAGGACAUCUGUUUGAACUCCUAGGAUUGACGCCACUAACUCCAUGCACAUUUGCUAAAGGAAGUUCUCAGAAAAUCAGGGAGGGUCGCUUGCUCCCAAGUAAACGUGCAUGUGCACACGAUGGGUGGGACAACUUGGGAAGGACCACCCCCGUGAGAAUUGCUAAAGGGAAUUGCAUCCGGACUUGCAGCAGUAGAUAUGAAACAGCGGAGGAUCGCCUGCAGUCUUCGGGGAAAAGAUCAGGGUGGAAACCAACAAUUUCGCAAGGAAAUAGGUCCAAGAUCAACUGAAAUAAAUUAUGGUUUUAUUUGCGUAGUUGUGUGGGAAGCAACUCUACAUCUUCUGCUACAUCAUUUAGCCAAACAUCUUCAAGCACGGAAGAAAGACAGGAAAAUAGUGGUGGCUCACUUGUCAGAGGACAAUUGAUGUUUGCCAGAGAAGUCAUUGCAAGGGAAUCCAGUUCUACCACCACCACGUCACCAGGCCUGAACACAACUGUGUGUGCUCGAAUGAAAGUGCUAAGAAUCAUAUACAGUGCGACUAUUCUGUGCCUGCUCCAAAGAGCUUAUUUCUGUGCAAAAGACCAGAUCACAUGGGAGAAUGUCAAAAAGGCUCUGAAGUUCUUUUCUGUAAUAGUCCUGUUAUCUUGUGCUGCAGUUUACUACUUGUGUUUAUUCAGGAGAUCAUCAGAUGUGCUUUCGUCACCGGAACUCACGAAGCAGUAUCAAACACACCUGGAUUCAAUGUGGCAGUCACAUCUUCUGCUAGAAGAACAAAUCCGUGCUAUUGAAGCCUUUAAAAUGGAGAUUGAUCACCUGCAUGGUCAGAUCAGUGGCAUCAACAAGAACAUGACUCAUUGUAUAAAGCAAAUUCUAGAGGAAAGUGAGAUCCCAGGAGAGAACAAAGAACAAGUGCUUGAAAUGAUUGAUUUGGCUAUUAAGAAGUAUGAAGAUCCUGUACAAAUGGCUGAUUGGGCUCAAAAAACACUAGGAGCCACCAUUGAUAAACAGAGAACAUCUGGGAAUUAUGACAUUAAGAAUAAGGAUGUUUGCUGGUUUAUGCCAUGGAUAUUCUGUUCAGCAAAGCCGCCUGAUAUUGUUUUAGAGCCAGACGUUAACCCUGGAAACUGCUGGGCUUUUCAAGGAUCGGAGGGUCAAGUGGUGAUUAAACUGCCUCAAAAAAUCCAGCUAUUGGCUGUUACAGUUGAGCACAUCCCCAAGGCCAUCAGCCCUUCUGGAAACGUCUCGAGUGCCAUGAAAGAUUUCGUGGUCUCUGGUCUAGAUAAUGAGACGGAUGAAGAAACUCUGCUGGGAAUGUUUACGUAUGACAUUGAAAAAGAAACCAUUCAGACAUUCCAUCUCAAGAAUCAACAUUCAAAAGAGUUUCUGUAUGUAAAGUUCAAGGUGUGGAGCAACUGGGGAAACUCAGAGUUCACCUGUAUCUAUCGACUCAGAGUACAUGGGAAUUUUGCCAGCCAUCUGGGCCCUUUGGAUGAAAGCAGUGAGUGAAAGUCUUUCCAGAUGAAUAAAGGAAGCCGCAACUUGGAAGAGUCUCCAAAGCUUGUUCUGAUUUUCCUAGCGGAGGGACACAUAUAGAACAGAGAGUAGUCAUCAUUGUUCCAAGACUUUUCAGGCUGGACGGAUUUUGAUGCUGUCACAUGUGUCUGUCAGACAUGGAGAACAACCGGUGAAAUUUCCAUUUGAUCAAUGCCAGGUUAGGAGAGAGACCCAGUGAUCUUAGUCUUAGGGAUGUUUUUAGCAAUGUCCAAUCCUCUGUGUGUAUAUGUGUAUGGGGGUAGUAGUUAAUUGUCCAAUAAAGGUGUCUGUUUGGAAGCAA